CGAUAGUGCGAUGACACGAGGUCGUGAAACGAAGGAAGGAAAGCGGAGAAGAGCGAGUCUCAUGCUCAGGGAAGUCUUUUGUACUCCCGCGCGACACGAUGGAUCCUCUCUCUGGACGGGGUCCAGAUGCAAGUAUGAGUCGCGUAGCGCUACAGUAGUGGCUGCCGCCGCUCGGGAACUGGAUGGCCAGCAACGGUCAGUCGCGGCGGCGCGUUUUCUUCUUCUUCUUCUUCUUCUUCUUCUCUUUCGUCUUUCGCGAUCUGGCUUCCUCUUGGAAUGCGCUGUGACAGCGGUAUUGCUUUCGCUUGAUAUCGACUUCUGUCUGAUCGGAUCAUUGAGAUUCUCUGGUUGACGCGGUGAAAGUACGAGGAAGAAAGAGAGAGAGAGAGAGAGAGAGAGAGAGAGAGAGAGAGAGAGAGACAGACAAACGUGGGUCUGACAAACUCCACGUGGUGAAGCGGCACGAUAUAAAGACGACUACCCGAGUACACUGAACACCACGACGAUCGAGCGAAGAACAUGAAACGAAUCAUGGACUUAUUCGUCUGGACGCUGCUGGUUCCGCCGCUUCUCCUAUUCACGACGAAUUUCUCACAACAGGCCGGUGCGGUAGCAACAGUAGAAUGCCCACAGAAAUGCCUAUGCUAUAACAGCACAAUGCAUGUGCGAUGUAUGUUUCUAAAACUGAACCAGAUGCCAAGAGUACCCGCUAAUGUCACCGUUCUAGAUCUCCGAUUUAACAGUAUCGCGGAAGUGCGCGCGGGGUCGUUUCACGGACUCGGUAAAUUACACACCCUGCUACUAAAUGACAACCACAUUCGACGACUGCCGGUGGACGCGUUCGAGGGCGCACCGAAUCUACGGAUACUCUACUUGUACAAAAAUCGCUUGGAGUACAUUGCGCCGGGCGCGUUUGCGGGUUUACCGCGACUCGAGCAGUUGUAUCUGCAUCACAACCAUCUACGAGAGAUCCGACCAGGUACGUUCAACGAUCUACCGGCGCUGGAGCGUCUGUUUCUACACAACAAUAAGCUUCAUCGUCUGCCGGCGGACGCGUUCGUCAACGUCGGUCCGAUGACGCGGUUGCGUCUCGACAGCAACGCACUCAUCUGCGACUGCAAUCUGGUCUGGCUGGUAGAACGCCUGCGGGACAAAUCUACGGAGAUGGCGGCGAUUUGCCAAUCUCCGCACAAGAUGAAGGGUCGCUCUUUAGCUACAAUGUUGCCCAAGGACUUUCAUUGCACAAAACCGCGCAUUAUAAAGGGUCCGGAAGACACCGUGGUGCAAUUUGGUGAGACGAUGACGUUGACAUGUCGAGUAACGGGUGAUCCGACACCAAAGAUUAAAUGGAUGAAAAACAAAUGGAGAUAUUCGUGGGAAAUCAAUGAUGAUGAUAACGAAAAGUAUGUGAUCCACGAAGACGGCGAGAAAUACGUGAUCCGCGAGGACGGCACUUUGGUGAUCUCCGGCACGACCGAGCAGGACAGCGGGAUGUACGAGUGCGUAGCCAGCAGCGAUAUGGGCUCGACCAAGUCGAGAAGGGCCAGAGCGGUGAUUACGGCGACGUCCCGGUUGAUACUCGCCGAGAGGCCGGAAUCGCGGAACGUGAGCACCGGCACCAACGUGACCUUCUCCUGCCGAGCGCUGAGCAAUCCCAAGCCAGAUGUCCGCUGGUUCCGAGAUGGCCGAUCGAUCUCUUUUGGCGAGAGAAUCUCGCUCGAGAAUGACGGCACCUCGCUGCGCAUUAUCGCGGUGAAGGAAACCGACGCGGGCAAAUACGAGUGUUACCUCAAGAGCAUUGAUCAUAUGGUUCAUCUCUUCGCGGAUUUGAAUGUUGUAGACUUGACGGCGGCGCCCCGAUUGCUCUUCAGACCGCGAGACAUGGAGGCGGAAUCGGAUGCCACCGUCGAGAUACCUUGUCGAGCCGAAGGCAUCCCCAAGCCUCUGAUACAAUGGAAGAAAGACGGUAGCGCGCUCGAAGGCAAUAGGUUCAAGAUCAUGCGCGGGGGAAGUCUUGUUAUUUUUAACGUGACUCCGCAAGACUCCGGCAGAUACGAGUGUUCGGCUGUAAACGAUUAUGGGCGCGCAACGGCCGAUGCGUUGGUGCGCGUUCGGCAGCCUGGUACAACGGACACGCUCGUCGUACGAGCCUUCCAAAGUGCCACCGAAGAGAUCGAUCGUGCUAUCAAUAAAACGCUAUCGUCUCUCUUUAAUCCCGACAGUUCAUCCAAACACAUUCAUCCGUUCCGAAUGUUACGAUUUCCGAAUGCAGUGGGUCGCGCGGCCGCCAGACCCGCCGAACUCUUCGAGAGAACUCUCGUCAAUAUUCGACGUAUGGUGGACGCCGGCAAGAAGGCAAACGUCACCGGUGACUUUCGUUACGAAGAAAUUUUGACGCUCGAACAGGUGAAGGAAAUCGAACGAUUGUCCGGCUGCACCGGUCAUAGAGGUCGACAGAAUUGCACCAACAGAUGCUUCCAUCAGAAAUACCGGAGCAUAGACGGCAGUUGCAAUAAUCAACGCCAUCCAACUUGGGGGUCGUCGUACACGGGAUUUCGUAGGAUCCUACAACCCAUCUACGAGAAUGGUUUCUCGACGCCGGUCGGUUGGGAGAAAGGACGACGUUACUACGGUUACCCGAAGCCCGCCGCACGCCUCGUGUCGACCACGCUUAUCUCCACUAACGAUAUCACGUCGGACGAUCAGAUCACCCACAUGGUGAUGCAGUGGGGCCAAUUUUUGGACCAUGAUCUUGAUCACGCGUUACCGUCGGUGUCGAGCGAGUCGUGGGACGGGAUCGAUUGCAAAAAAUCGUGCGACAAUGCCGCGCCCUGCUUCCCUAUGGAAGUGCCGGUAGGUGAUCCGCGCAUCGACAACCGACGAUGCAUCGAUUUUGUGAGAAGUAGCGGGGUGUGCGGCUCCGGGGCGACCAGUAUCCUAUGGGGAGCUGGCUUGACACCGCGGGAACAGUUGAAUCAGCUGACCAGCUACCUGGACGCGUCGCAGGUUUACGGCUACGACGACGAGCUGGCGCGCGAUCUCCGCGAUCUCACCACGGACCGUGGACUGCUCCGGGAAGGUGCCGCACUCCCCGGUCACAAGCCUCUGCUGCCGUACGCGUCCGGCCAGUUUGUCGACUGUCGCAGAAAUCCACUGGAGAGCUCGAUCAAUUGCUUCGUAGCCGGUGACAUUCGCGCGAACGAGCAGGUUGGCCUGCUGGCCAUGCACACCAUAUGGCUGCGCGAGCACAAUCGCUUAGCUCGCGCCUUACACGAGAUGAAUCCACAUUGGAACGGCGAGAAGCUCUAUCAUGAGGCGAGACGUAUCGUCGCCGCUGAGAUGCAACACAUUACCUAUCGGCACUGGCUGCCGCGAAUAUUUGGGCCGGCGCUCGACGGCGAUUCUGCUUUGCCGCCGUACCGGGGCUACGAUCCCAACGUCGACGCCAGCGUGUCCAAUGUUUUCGCCACCGCCGCUCUGCGUUUCGGUCAUUCGCUCAUUCAACCGCGUCUCGAGCGACUGAACGCCUCCUUUCGAUCAAUUUCACAGGGCCCUCUCUCUCUGCGGGACGCCUUCUUCGCGCCGUGGCGAUUAGUCGAGGAGGGUGGCGUCGAUCCCUUGAUCCGAGGAAUGUACGCCACGGCAGCGAAGGUGAAGCUACCCGAGCAGAAUCUCAACCGAGAGCUCACCGAACAGCUGUUUCGUACCGCGCACGCGGUCGCGCUCGAUCUAGCGGCGAUGAAUAUCCAGCGAGGGAGAGAUCACGGGCUUCCUGGCUAUCUGGAGUGGCGUAACUAUUGCAACUUGUCACACGCGGAGACGUUCGAGCAUUUAGCUAGUGAUAUCAGUAGCGCUCGAGUGCGGCAAAAGUUGCGCGAAUUGUAUGGCCACCCGGGUAACAUUGACGUAUGGGUUGGUGGGAUCCUUGAGGAUCAGUUGCCGGGGAUGAAAGUCGGACCGCUCUUCAAGUGUCUUCUAUUGGAGCAAUUCCGCCGAACCCGGGAUGGCGAUCGGUUCUGGUAUGAGAAUCCGAGCGUCUUUCGCGCGGAACAGCUCAUCCAGAUUCAACAAGUAUCGCUAGCCAGAAUCUUGUGCGACAACGGCGACAACAUUACUCGCGUGCAACCAGACGUGUUUCUACUGUCUGAAACUCCCAAUGAUUUUGUCACUUGUGACGAAAUUCCUUACGUAGACUUGAACGCGUGGUCCGACUGUUGCGACAAUUGCGAGGAUCGCGACAAUACCAUCUCUCGCGUGCGCAGGGAGGCUGAGAAAUACUUUCCAUCCACUCGCUACGAUUACGCUACGAAGGAUGUAGAGUCGUUGAGUCGCGACGGAAUAAUUCGAUACCUACAAACGAUGUUCAAGGAAAAUAACGAGGAGGCUGAAAGAUUGCGAGAGCGGCUUGACGACUUGUCACAAAAAAUUAAACAACUCGAGUCAAUUUUAAAAGACAUUAGAACACAACAAUAGGAAAGUAAAAUGAAGUGCAUACAAGGCUUGGAGCAUUCUUUCUCGCUCUGCUGCAAAUGGCAUGUUCUCUAAUAUAUUCUCAUAUGCAUUUAUAUUUGUAAAUAGAAGCAUUCGCAAAAGUAA